ACAUGUCAGGGGAAUUUCUCCUCCGUAGCAUCGCAUAGUUAUAAAUGUAAAGCUGCACGAGCAGCGUUUGGUGGUGAUUCCCCCGUCUGCAGGCAGCCAGUCCGCUGCUGUGAUUUGGGGUUUCUCGUGAGCGUUUCCAGUAGAAGCAAAUUGCGCUGUUUGUGCCUUUAUUCUGCUGGCCAUCCUGCGUGUGGAAGAGAGGAGCUCCUGACGCUUUUAAUGUAUCGAUUCAAGAAAGCGCACCUCACGGCCGAUGACUGCAAAGCUCUCGCGCAGAGCGCGGAAGGUUCGUCCUCCCUGACGCAGCCAUUGAGUCAAAGACGAAGUAGAGGAGAUGUAAACAGGGGCCUCCAUCCCACCCCCCACGCACGGAGAUGUCACGGAGGCCAAGGGCAGCAGAAGAACAUCACCGAUUACUUCAAGGUCUCUCAGACACAACGAGUAGGUGCCAGUGUGACAAAUAACAGCAAAAUCAAGGAAGAGCUACCGGAUCCCAUCUUCACUGGACAUGAUGAUUCAUUCAGCAGCAUCUCCACUGUGUCAGAGAUCAGUGGUGAUUCCUCCUUUCCGGACGAUGAAGACUUUGUACCAGCUCCCAGGAAAAGAUCCAGAAAACGGCCUCUGUCCACUGCAGCCAUUCUGAAGCCAGAACACGACUUGUGGGGUGAGCCUGAGGAGAAGACAACAGUUCUUCAUCCGGAACACAGCCAAAUCAGGCAGGAACUUGAUGAUAUGGACAUUGAACCGGUCCCUGAUAAACACUAUGGACUCCUGGGGACUCGGAACUGGGAAGCGCCUCAGGGAAGUAUCAACCAACUGCCAGUUGAAGUCCUGAGGAACAUCUUUGCUUUCCUACCAGUGACUGAUCUGUAUCAGAACCUGAGCCUGGUGUGUCAUAGCUGGAGGGAAAUAGUCACAGAUCCAAGCUUCAUUCCUUGGAAAAAGCUGUACCAUCGCUACCUGAUGAAGGAGAACAUGGCCUUGCAUGAAGUCGAACAGAUCAUGCAGAGUUUUGCCAUAACAAAGGAGGAGGAAGGACGUGUGCUGGGGCUGAUCAGGUGCGUGUCUGCCAUAUCCACCAGAUGGAAUGUGGAUACCGGGGCGGUUCUCCGGUGUUUGAAGAGUCAUCACCUCUUCUCAAAGGCUGAAGUCUGCGUCAGCAACAAACUGCCGCAUUUACAGAGCAGGACGGGGCCUGAGAACAUGUGGGCCAUAAUUGCAGUCAUGGUGCUUUUUUCCGAUGGCGUCAGCGACAUCCAAAAGCUGAUGGCGUGUCUGCAGAGACCCUGCUCUACCCUCUGCGUUGUGGAGGUGACGGAGACGCUUUACUGCAUUGCCACAUUGCUGCACGCGAUGAGAGACAGGAACAUCGCGAUCACCAACAGGAUCCAUUACAAUAUUUUCUACUGUUUGUAUCUGAUGGAAAAUGCUUCUGUAACUACGCAGACAGUCGAAGAAGCAGCAGCGGGAUCAUGCUGCAGGCAAGACUUGUGGUCCGGUGUCUGUCCUGAAGUAAAACUGACCCAUGAACAGCAAAGGAUUCUGAAUCACAAAAUUGAGCAUGGUCAAGUAGUGAAAAUCAUGGCAUUUGCGGGUACAGGCAAAACCACCACCUUGGUGAAGUACGCGGAGAGGUAUCCUGACCUGAACUUCCUUUACGUGACAUUUAACAAAGCUGCUGCAGAGCGAGGAAAAAGCGUCUUCCCCAGAAAUGUCACCUGCAGGACUUUCCAUUCGUUGGCGUUUGGAAGCGUCGGCAAACACUAUAAAGAAAAAGGCAAACUGAACUUCUCCAAGCUGUCAGUUUAUUCCUUGAGUUUCCUUCUGCGGAACCGUGAAGGCCAAUCUCUGUUUGUAAGAGGCAAAACAGUCUCGCAGACCCUUGAGAACUUUUUUGCAUCUUCAGAUGAAGAGAUUUGGGAAGAGCACACUCCUAUUUGGUACAAAAAUACUCACGGCGAGAGAAAACUUGUCAGUCCAAAGGAAAAGAAAAUCAACGUGGAAGAGGCCAAAGAGAUCUGGUACAACAUGAAGAAACUGGAUGGAGACGUCGAGAGGAAAUACAAGAUAACUUGUGAUGGGUAUUUGAAACUUUGGCAGCUCAGCAAGCCUCAGCUCACGGGAUAUGAUGCCAUUUUUGUGGACGAAGCCCAGGACUGCACUCCAGCCAUCAUGGAUGUUGUGCUGUCACAGAGAUGCGGGAUCAUCCUCGUAGGAGACCCUCACCAGCAGAUUUAUACCUUCCGCGGUGCUGUCAAUACCCUCUACUCGGUGCCUCACACCCAUGUCUAUUACCUCACCCAGAGUUUCAGAUUUGGUCCUGAAAUAGCUUACGUUGGAGCAACCAUUCUGGAUGUCUGCAAGAAAAUCAGGAAUAAAACAUUAGUGGGUGGAAACCAAGAAGGCGAUGUGAGAGGCAGAAUGAAAGGGAAGAUAACCAUCCUAUCCCGAAGCAAUUUUAACGUCUUUGAGGAUGCUGUGAGGCUUACAGAGAGACAGA